AUGAAGAUCAUAGUUCCAAAAUGCACUAAUCCAAUCUCUUCUGUUGCACUAAUCUCCUUCAUUUUAUGCUCUUUAUUUGUCUUCUUUGAUUACUCUGCCUUGUACGAAUCAAGAACAAAGGAAGCCACCUUCUUAAACAAUGACUUCCCCAAUUCCUCGUCCAUUUCUUCAUCACCCAACCCCUGCAUUGAUCAAAAACCAACAGAAGAAGCCAUUAAAGCUCUGAUUCCUAGCUCCUCCAUUGACCAAAAACCAAUAGAAACUCAUAACAGCUCCUCUUCCAUUUCUCAUCCAGCCAAAAGAUCAAGAAAAAGAGCUGUUCAUCGCAGAGGAAGAACCAGAAAAGCCAAAGCAGAGGACUCAUCAUGCCAAGGGAAAUUCAUUUACAUUCAUAAUCUUCCCAAGAAAUUCAAUGAAGAUUUGGUACAGAACUGCAAAUUACCUCAUAUGAAAUGGUCUGAAGUUUGCAGAUUUGUGUGGCAUAACGUGGGAUUAGGCCCAGAAGUUCAGAACAAUUCCCUGCAAGAUUUGACUAACAGAGGCUGGUUUUACACCAGCCAAUUCUCCUUGGAAGUCAUUUUUCAUCACAGAAUGAAGCAAUAUAAGUGCUUAACAAAGGAUUCCUCUAAAGCAGCAGCAAUUUUUGUGCCAUUCUAUGCAGGCCUUGAUGUUGGACCUUAUCUAUGGGGAUUCAAUAUCUCUGUAAGGGACAAAGGGCCAAUUGAAUUGGCUAAGUGGCUAUCACAAAGACCAGAGUGGAAAGCCAUGUGGGGCAGAGACCAUUUCUUGAUUGGAGGAAGAAUCGCUUGGGAUUAUAGAAGACAUGACGAAAAUGACUCGGAUUGGGGCUCAAAACUCAUGUUUUUACCAGAACUCAACAACACAACAAUGCUGACAAUAGAAACGGCGUAUUGGAACAAUGAUAUAGCAAUCCCAUAUCCCACUGAUUUCCACCCUUCAAGGGACUCCCAAAUCAUAGACUGGCAGAGGAAGGUUACAACACAGAAAAGGCCAUUCCUUUUCUCCUUUGUCGGAGGAACAAGGCCAAAACAAGAAACCUCCAUUAGAGGGGAGCUCAUAAACCAGUGCAAAGCUUCAAAGAACUGCUUCUUUUUAGCCUGCAUCUCUGGAGAGAAUAAAUGUAGUGACCCUGCUACAGUAAUGAACACGUUUAUGAGCUCUGUUUUCUGCUUGCAGCCACCAGGGGAUUCCUUUACAAGAAGAUCAAUGUUUGAUGCCAUUUUAGCAGGGUGUAUACCUGUUUUAUUUCACCCAGGGACUGCUUAUGGACAGUACAAUUGGUACUUUCCAAAGGAUCACCAGAGAUACUCUGUUUUCAUUCCUUCAAACAAGAUCAAAGCAAAAGAGGUGAAUGUUAGUGAGGUUUUGGAGAGAAUUUCAAGCAAGAAAAUCUUGGAGAUGAGAGAAGAGGUGGUUAACAUGAUUCCUAGGGUGAUUUAUGCAGACCCCAGAUCAAGAUUAGAGAGUUUUGAGGAUGGUUUUGAUAUUGCAGUUAAAGGGAUUCUUGAGAGAGUGAAGAGGGUAAGGAAGGUGAUUGAGGAGGGUAAAGAUCCUAGCGUUGGUUUUUCUGAUAUCAACUUGAAAAGGUUUGAAAUGGUUGGGUUUACAUGAAACAGACAUGGAAAUUAUGAUAUCAGUUCCUGAUGUUUUGAUGUUAUGAUGCCUUUGGUUCAACUUUUCUGGUGUUCUAUUGCUUGUUUGUGAGAGAUUCUUGGUGGUAUCUUUCUCAAUUUGUCUUUGAUUCUUGUAUGAACUUAAUCUAAAAGUAUUUAACCGUUCUU